AUGUUUGGCAACAAUUCUGGAGGGUCAGGAUUCUCGUUUGGGUCAAACACGGCACAGAAGCCCGCGUUGACGUUCGGGGGCACCCAGAACAACGCGUCUACGGGUUCGCAGCCGGCCGCGGGAGGCGGGCUUUUUGGAGGCAACAACCCUGCCUCGACGGGCUCGACGGGGCUUUUUGGCAACAACUCGGGCAAUUCCACAGGAUUGACCUCGAACACCUCGAAUUCAGGCGGUCUGUUUGGCCAGAACAACUCGACUGCUUCUAAACCCGGCUUUUCGUUUGGAAACACUAAUCAAUCAAACACAACAGGAUCUACAGGAUCCACGGGAUUCUCCUUUGGCGCCAACCCAAACACUCAGAAUACAGCACAGACAGGUCAGCAACCGGCAGCGGCAUCGGGAGGUCUUUUUGGAGCGAACAACACUGCAGGCCAGACGUCUAAUACCGGUUUCUCGUUUGGAGGAGCAAACAACAACACUAACUCGAACACUUCGACUGGGUUGUUUGGUAACAAGCCAGGCGGACUUUUUGGACAGUCUUCUACCACAAACACGCAGCCAGGUCUUUUUGGCUCUGGAUCGAACCAACAGUCGACAUCGGGCGGUCUAUUUGGAUCUAAUCAGCAAACCAACUCUGGAGGACUGUUUGGAUCUAAUCAGCAGUCCAACACUGGAGGACUAUUUGGGUCCAACCAACAAAACAACACUGGGGGAUUGUUUGGACAGCAAAACAACAACAAUACAGGAACUUCAGGUGGUCUUUUUGGAAACCAACAGCAGAACAACACUGCACAGUCCCAAGUUCCUCCAUUAAACCCAAUAACCAAAGUGAGCGAUCUUCCUGAAGCUUUUCAGAAAGAACUGGAGCAGCUGGACCAAUACAUCCAGACCCAGGUUGCUAUUGCGGAGAGACUGAAAAACGACGAAGACGUGCACAAAGAACUUAUCAGCAGCAUACCAAGAGACAUUGAUUUCUUGGAAAAGCGGUACUUUUCUACAAACCAAGCACUCAACAGCGAUCUCGAGUUUGUUGGGGGGUUCAAAAACAAAACGCUCGAGAGUUUCGACAAUUGGGUCGAGAAACUCAUCAAGGUGUAUCUACAGCUCACGAACCCAAUGCUUCUUGGAGUUUCUUCCAAUUCUGAUCAAACUAAAAGUACAGACGGCACUAUCACCCAGAUCAUUGGUGUGAAUGGAAUAAGGACUGCGGGAUCUAUUCAGUCUCAACAGGGAAACUCUCAACAGCAAUUGGAGAAGGAUUCCCAUGUCAAUGUGCCCCAAAUCCUUAAUUCCUAUUAUCUCUCUAAAAUUGAAGAGUUCAGACAGAACAUCGACAAAUACCAGCUGGUUUUGCAGGAGGUGGAGAACUCUGUCAACGACCUGGACAGAAGCUCUUUGAGCGGCGGGCCAUCGGGCGCGUACGGACUGGAGACCAUUGUGAGCACGCUGAAGGAGGAGUUCAAGCUGUUUGUGGAGCUGGCCAACGAGUUCGCCGAGGUCCACCACCAGGUGAAGCGUCUGGACGACGGAUCAAUAUAG